AACCGUCAACCCGAAAAGACUUUAUCCAUUAACAUCUUCAUUUCCGUACGAAUAUUUUUAAGAAAAAGCUGAACAAGGCAAAGAGCCGUCUUUCUCCUUUCACCAAAUUGUGGAUUUGAGGAUGAAAUGCUAAAUAUUGAGAGGGAAGGAUUUAAGGCAAAUUCAAACUUUUCCAGAACUUGAAUUCAGCCACAAACUAGAUAAUCUAUAAACAUGAAUAUUAGAGGCUGCACUGGUGUUUUUGCUAAACCUGGUUUUUUACUAAUUCAACUGGACUUACCCACUUUGAGGUUGGGCAAAGUACAUUUAUGUAACCCUUGGAAAAAUGCAGAUUUUAGAUUUAGAUCAUUUUCUAGUUAUCGGCCCGUGUCGGCGGUUAAGCCGUACUCCGGCGGGAGCCAGGUGAAGGAGAAAGAAGAGGGUGCUUCAUCCUUGUAUUUACGCCCUAGUUUGAUAGAUAUGAAGAAACAGAAAACGGAGAAUCGAACCCGGGUUUACGAGUUUCUUAGAGGGAUUGGUGUGGUUCCUGAUGAGCUUGAUGGGUUAGAAUUGCCUGUUACAGUGGAUGUCAUGAAGGAACGUGUUGAUUUUAUCCACAAAUUGGGACUUACAAUUGAAGAUAUUAAUAAUUAUCCACUUGUUCUUGGUUGUAGUGUCAAGAAGAACAUGAUUCCGGUACUAGAUUAUCUUGGAAAACUAGGUGUUCGGAAAUCUAGUGUGACUGAGUUUCUAAGGCGGUACCCACAAGUCCUCCAUUCUAGUGUUGUUGUCGAUCUUCAGCCUGUAGUUAAGUAUCUCCAAGGGAUGGAUAUUAAACAAGCUGAUAUUCCUCGUGUUCUCGAAAAAUAUCCAGAGGUCUUAGGGUUCAAGCUUGAAGGGACCAUGAGCACAUCUGUAGCAUAUUUAGUCGGGAUUGGUGUCGGAAGAAGAGAAAUUGGUGGAGUUUUGACUAGAUACCCUGAUAUUUUAGGCAUGAGGGUAGGCCGCGUUAUCAAACCUUUUGUUGAGUACCUUGGAAGUCUAGGCAUUCCAAGUUUAGCUGUUGCUAGAUUGAUAGAGAAAAGGCCUCAUAUCCUUGGGUUUGAUUUAGACGAGAAGGUAAAACCAAAUGUUGGAUACCUUCUAGAAUUUAAUGUCAGAGAAAGGUCACUUGGAGUAAUUAUUGCUCAGUAUCCUGAUAUUAUUGGUAUUGAUCUAAAGUCCAAGCUUUGCACGCAGCAACAAUUAUACAAUUCUAUCCUUGAUCUGGGUUCCGAGGACUUUGGGCAAAUAAUAGAGAGGAUGCCACAGGCUAUAAGCCUUAAUGAAAAAGCGAUAGUGAAGCAUGUGCAUUUUCUUAAAGUUUGUGGUUUCUCUACAGAACAGAUUAAAAAGAUGGUUGUUGGGUACCCGCAGUUGCUUGCACUGAAUCUAGAUAUAAUGAAGCUGAAUUUUGAUUACUUUCAAUCGAAAAUGGCACGGCCUUUGGAUGACUUGGCUGAUUUUCCAGCCUUCUUUACUUAUGGUUUGGAGUCCACAAUAAAGCCAAGGCAUCAACAAGUUGCAAAGAAAGGAUUGAAAUGCUCCCUUUCUUGGCUUUUAAAUUGCUCUGAUGAGAAGUUUGAGCGAAGAAUGAGUUAUGAAUCUAUUGACUUGGAGGAGAUGGAGCCUGAGCCCACAUUUGACAUGAACUCUUUAAUGGGAUCAAUAACAGAUGAGUCAGAUUCUGAGAUUGAUGAUUAUGACGAUGAAGCAUGACGCUCACAUUUGACAUGUAAUGGGUUUUUCAGCUUUGUAGCUCUACGGGAGUUGUGCAUUGUUUCACUCUCCAACAGCAUGGGAAUGUCCAUAUAGAUAGUGGUAUUCUAAUAUCUUGAAGGUAAAGUUAUUGAUCAUUACUGUAUUAUUGUAUUAAGCAUAUUCACGAGUUUGUUAAAAAGCUAAAGCUCCAUCGUAAAGGGAUAUCAAUUUGCUUACUUGUCAAUUUGCACAAUUGGUGUUAAAGCUCCAUCUUAAAGGGAUAUCUAAUGUGCUUACUUGUCAAUUUGCACAUUGUGGAACUGCUGCUUAAUUGCUUAUGUAUUUAUGGCUAUA